UUUUAAUAAUGCCAACGCAGCACAAUGCCCUUCGCCAAUAGGAAGGUAGGUAUGUCGAGUAGUUAUUUUCUGUACUGAAUCGCUAAGAAUAUACGUCACUCACGUCAUACUCAACUUCUUUAAGAAAGUGUAUUACAUAAAUUAAACUCCUAAUUGGGAAGGUCGCGAGUUUGUGUUUACUGUUGGCUAGUGUAGUUAAACGCGGCGCGCGCGCAGGCCACACGUGUACUAGAAGUGAACCGCUUUUUCCGAUUCGUAGAUCGAACAGAAAUAGAAGCCUCGCUUAGUUUUACACUGUGUUUGUACAUCACCGCUAAAUGCCGCCUAAAUUCGUGAACUGAAAUGGGAAUCAAAGCAUAAACAUUAAACGAAAAUAAACCCGAAAUGUUGUUUUUGAUAAAUAUUCCAGUAAAAGUGGACAUGUCCUUAUCGAUACAGUAAUAUCGAUCAGCUGUUUAUGUGUGGAAGCCGUUGUUCUGUAACGAGAUGAGGAUCAAUUUUAUAUGGAUAUUUUUUUUGAUCUUGCCGUAUGUGGUGGUGACUUCACUACCGGUGCACAGCCCAGAGAGUCACCACACAAACGUUGAAACCAAUCCUGCCAAUGUGUACCAACAGCAAACGAAUGCUCAAAAUAUACCAAAGCCCGACGAAAGUUCGAAGCAUGACGAACAAAUCAUAUCUGUAAGAAUUACUUCGUCUGUCGCAGUGGGCAGAUCGAAAGCUCAGUCACUUCACCAAGCAUCUAACGGAAACAUAGAUCACAUAGAAUCUGAAUUCCACAUAACUACCCCUGCUGUAGAAGAAACUCAACCUAUUGAUUCUACAACCAUCCCUGACACCAUAUCUACUGUUACGGUGACAACUUUGGGAGAUGUUGAAAGUAAAACCGAAUUACCACCGAACCUUGUUGGUGCUAACAUAGAGUUCAUUAAGCAAUUACAAGCGAAAAAGGGAAUAAGGGGUCUAAAUAGUUAUGAAAGGUUACAUUCCUUUAAUUCAGAAGAUGACCUGCCCGAUUCCAAUCAGACUAACGAUUCUGUGGCGGAGUCGUCUGUACAGUCAGUGUUACGACAAGACGCUCUUCUAGACGAUGUGCCACUAGCGAGAUCUGUGCCGCUGUCUUAUAGUUCAAAAAGUUAUAUUCAGGACCCACCACAGAGAAAUUCAAGGUUAACAAGCGUAAAUUUUAACGUGGUUCAUGAUGCACCAAAACCAAAUAACUAUAAUGAUCAUGUUUCGGCAUACAUACACCCCACACAAUCAGUAGCAGAAUCACAAGAAUUUUAUAAUCAACCUUCUAAGGUUUACGGCCAACCAGCGCAAAUAUACAGUGAACCAGCAAAAAUUUACAGUGAACCAGCGAAAAUUUAUAGUGAGCCCGCUAAAGUAUACAGUGAACCAGCUAAAGUUUAUAGCGAACCUGCAAAAAUUUAUAGCGAGCCCGCCAAAUUUUAUAGCCAACCCGCUUCUUUGCAUCUCGAUGAAAAUACGCAGUCAGACGGAGCUCCUUGGCAACAAAAAUCACCUAUAUCAGCCUAUAGCAGUACAGUGAUUAGUACAUCGCCAACUACAUCACCUCCGUUUCCUGCAAAUAGACAGCAUUUAGGGCACGAGCCUGAAAAAAAUUAUGAGGUGGACGAAAAAGUUAGUGUUAUGACUGAUGGACGAACUCAUGGUGAGCAACCCGCUAACCCUGAAAACUGUAAACAAGAGAAUUGUAAAGUGGGUUACGUUGUUGAAGGUCGACAGUUCAGGAAAUAUAGAGUUGAGGAAAGAACCUCAGACGGUUUCAUCGUAGGAGAAUAUGGGGUCGUACGAAACGAAGAUGGAGCACUAAGAGGCGUCAGGUAUACAGCCGAUAGCGAUGCUAGUCCUCGUCUAAUACAUGACGCACUUAUGAAGUUCCUGCAGUUAAAAUAGGUAAUAAUUAUACUUGUUUUAUCAAAUAAAUUACUUAGUUGUCUGGUGACAAAAUUUGCUCAUUUAAUUUAUAUUACUUAUGAUAAUAUUAUAAUUUCCUCAACGCUUAUAAAAUGCUUUUUUUUUCUUCCGUUUAUUCAUACAUAUUAUUGGAAAGACUGAGAGUCUCAUGUUUAGGUACCUACCUAUGCUAACUUCAACAAUUAAUAAAUAACAAAUAAUAAAUAAUGACUAUACCAUAACUUUUAUUCAGAAACACAUUCUUUCAUAUUUGUGACGUACAAUACUUAAUUCGAUAUUUUUCUUCUGUAUUUUUUAUUCCAAUUUCCAAGGAAUCGUGUUCGGUGUAACUUUAUUUGUUGCAUAAUAUUGGGAUAAUGCGUGGAUAUUGCAAUUUUCGUUCACAUAAAAUAACUAUCGAUCCAAGUAGGUAGGUACUUCGUGUGAAUUUACCCACUAGGUAGGUACCUAUAUUAUUUUGAAAGCAUUUUUAAUAAAUUUGUAUUCUGAUAUGGAU